GUUUCUGAACUUAAAAAGCUUUGUAACCAGUUAAGCAUUUCUUCUGUUGGUUGUAAAAGCGAAUUGAUAGCUCGGCUGCUCGUGAAGGAAGAUGCAUCAAAUGAGCCAUCUACUAUUCACUUGCAACCCGAAGAUGAAGCUGAGUUGCUUGGAGACAUUGAAGAAAGAGAUAAUAUUGCUGUUAAGGUGAAUUUAAAGCACAAGCUCGACAUUGACCAAGAAGUUAUUGAGACAAUUCAGGCCAACUCUGCUACUUCCAUAAUUGAAUCCCAAAAUUCGCUGCCCAUCAAGAUAUCGUAUGCGAACGGUGAAUCUGGAUCACCUUCCAAAAAGAUGUUGGUCUGUAUUGAAGAGAAGCUUUUGGGUUCAGGGGUGUCGAAACUAAAUGACAAAGAACGUCUCCUUGCCCGUGCUCAGCGAUUUGGUUCAUCUGGAGGUGGUCACUGUUCCGGAUCUCUGCAUUCAGAUGAACAACUUGCAGCUCGUGCUAGACGCUUCGGAUUACCUGUCGCUCCUAACGGCGCUUCCGCAACCAUUGAGUCAAGAGAGACCUCUGUGGUGGAUAAAUUGAAAAAGAGGGCUGAGAGAUUUGGAGUCACAACCAGUAAAAAAUUAGAGCUCUUAUAUUUGUAA